AUGGAGGACACCGCGAUGCACAGAGGGAUAUGGGAUGGAGACGCCAAAGCGGUCCAGCAGUGUCUGACGGACAUUUUCACCAGCGUUUACACCACUUGUGACAUCCCGGAAAACGCCAUCUUCGGCCCUUGCGUCCUCAGCCAUACCUCGCUCUACGACAGCAUCGCUUUCGUCGCGCUCAAGUCCACCGACAAGAGGACCGUGCCCUAUAUAUUCAGGGUAGACACCUCGGCAGCCAACGGCUCCUCGGAAGGCUUAAUGUGGCUGCGGCUGGUCCAGUCUGCCAGAGACAAAGAGGAGCAAAACCUCGAAGCCUACAUUAAAAAUGGACAAUUGUUUUACCGCUCCCUCCGACGGAUUGCCAAAGACGAGGAAUUAUUGGUUUGGUACGGGAAGGAGCUGACCGAAUUACUCCUGCUGAGCACCGCCAGGACGCACAGCAAAAUGAAUGAGUCGCCCCCUUAUACUUGCAUCGAGUGCAGCCAGCGCUUCCAGUUCGAGUUCCCGUACGUGGCGCACCAGCGCUUCCGCUGCCCCAAGCGACUGCACGCCGCAGACAGCAGCCCGGCCGACGACUCCGGCACCAAGGACAGCAACACCAAGGAGCAGGAGGGCGCCCUGGGGCCAGGAGCCACCAAGUUCCACGGCAAGCCCACCGGGGGCGCCACGCCUCAGCACCCCCCGCCCCAGCGCCAGCGCCACUACCACGGCACUCAGGACAGCAACGGCAACGCGGGCGUGACCAAGCCUUCCACGGACUUCCACAACUUGGCGCGCGAGCUGGAGAACUCGCGGCACAACAGCAGCUCCCCCAGCAGCCGGGAGCAGCUGGAGGGCAGCCCGGACGCCAGCCAGAGCCACGGCAGCAGAGCCAAGAGGAAAUACCCGGCCGGGGAGCAGCUGGCGGAGGAGAGAGGAGCAGCGGCGGCAGCGGCUAGGGGGCGCUUGGAGAGGCCGGUGCCUUCUUCGCCGAAGGAGGAGCUGGUGUGCACCCCGCAGCAGCAAUACCGGCCGGCGGGGAGCUAUUUCGGCCUGGAGGAGAGCAGCCGUCUGUUCGGCCCGCCCAGCCCGGAGACUGGAGAAGCCAAGAGGAGCGCCUUCGUGGAAGUGAAGAAGGCCUCCCGAGGGCUGGAAGCAGGCGACGAGGAGAAAGAGCGAGGCUCCCCGGGCAGCGCGCAAGCGGGCGGCGCGGCGGACAAGGCGCCCGGGCACCUGCUGGGCGCGCGCUCCGGCGCCAGCGCCUUCUCCACGGUGCCCUCCUCGCAGCCUUCCAGCGUGGGCAGCCCCGAGGAGAGGAAGAGCGCGUUCUCGCAGCCCGCGAGAUCCACUUUCUCCACUUCGUCGGCCUCUUCGUCGGCCCACGUUACGCAGCUCGUGCUGGGUCAGAAGCUGAGCGCGCUGGUGGAAGCCGGCUGCCACGCGGGCGCGGAAGGAGGCGCGCGCCUUUACGCGCCAGACCCGCUGGCGGUCAAACUGCAGGGCGCGCCCGUGGAACUGAACGGCGGCGGAGGAGGAGUAGCAGGAGUAGGAGGAGCAGUCGGGGCUGGAGGAGCAGUCGGAGCUGGGGGCACCGCGGGAGGGGGCGGGCUGCCCAAGCAAAGCCCCUUCCUAUACGCCACCACCUUUUGGCCCAAGAGCUCGGCAGCGGCGGUGGCGGCAGCAGCGGCGGCAGCGGGUCCCCUCCAGCUGCAGCUGCCCUCGGCCCUAACGCUGCUGCCGCCGUCCUUCACUUCGCUGUGCCUGCCGGCGCAGAACUGGUGCGCCAAGUGCAACGCCUCCUUCCGCAUGACCUCCGACUUGGUUUACCACAUGCGCUCCCAUCACAAAAAGGAGUACGCGCUCGAGCCGCUGGUCAAGAGGCGGCGCGAGGAGAAGCUGAAGUGCCCCAUAUGCAACGAGUCCUUUCGGGAGCGGCACCACCUCUCCAGGCACAUGACUUCGCACAACUGA